AUGGACUUGGAGCAGAGCGAUGCCAAUGCUGCAGCAGCAGCCAGAGCCACAGGGAAGAACGAUCAGGCCUGCUCCGGCAGCGGCCCCCCAGCACUGCAGCCACGGCGCCAGUUGCUCCUGGAGCACUCAAACCCUGAAGAGGCCCAGGCUGGAAAGAAGCCGGGGGCCAAGCUGAAGUCUGGCAGCUGCAGCCCCACGUGCAUCACACUUGUGCGCCAGCACGCCUGUGUGCAACUACCCAUGGAAAUGUGUCCCAGCGCUGGCAGCCCACCGGAUGCCGACGGGGCGGAGGGAGAGGCUGACCCUGAGCAUGAGCCUGUGCGGGAUGUGGGGGCUGAGGCUCCCCAAAAAGCCAAGGAGCUGGAGCUGAUGGAAAACAUCUUGACGAGCAAGCAAGACGAGAGCUGGGAGCAGCGGGGCCCCCGGGCCUCCUUUGCCCGCCAGGAACGGAGCCGCCUGCUUUGGGAGGAUGUCAGCGUCAUGGAGGAGGAUGCCACCAAAGUCACCGCCCUGAAGCUGCGGCUGGAUGAGUCCCAAAAAGUGCUGCUCAAGGAGCGGGAGGACAAGCUGGCACUCAGCAAGAACAUCGAGAAGCUGGAGGGCGAGCUCAGCCAGUGGAAGAUCAAGUACGAGGAGCUCAACAAGAACAAGCAGGAGGUGAUGAAGCAGCUCAACAUACUGAAGGAGAUCCACCAGGACGAGCUGGGGCGCAUCUCCGAGGACCUGGAGGAUGAGCUGGGCGCUCGUUCCAGCAUGGACAAAAAGCUGGCCGAGUUGCGUUCAGAGAUGGAGCGGCUGCAGGCAGAGAACGCAGCUGAGUGGGGCCGGCGGGAGCGGCUAGAGACAGAGAAGCUCAACCUGGAGCGGGAGAACAAGAAGUUGCGGGCGCAGAUCGAGGACCUGGAGGAGGUCCUGGCUCGCAAGCGGCGCCAGACAGCCAGUGCCCUGGACACCGACCUCAAAACCAUCCAGGCUGAGCUCUUUGAGAAGAACAAGGAGCUGGCUGACCUGAAGCACAUCCACAGCAAGCUGAAGAAGCAGUACCAGGAGAAGAUGGCUGAGCUGGCCCAUGCCAACCGCCGCGUGGAGCAGCACGAGGGAGAGGUGAAGAAGCUGCGCCUGAGGGUGGAGGAGCUGAAGAAGGAGCUGGCCCAAGCUGAGGAUGAGCUGGAUGAGGCCCACAACCAGACGCGGAAGCUGCAGCGGUCGCUGGAUGAGCAGACGGAGCAAAGUGAGAGCUUCCAGGUGCAGCUGGAGCAUCUGCAGUCCCGGCUGCGGCGGCAGCAGAGCACCCCGCUUUUCGGCAAGAUGCGCAGCACCCGUUUCGGCCCAGAUGACGCUGGGGACGGCACCAGCGACCCCGAUGAGGACGAGGACCUGCAGAUCCAGGUGCCCUAG